GGCGUUAUCUGCUCUCCUCACCGGCACCGUAUGUAACGUCACUGUCCCCCUCACUGUCCUACUCACUGUCCUUCUGCUGUCUGUCCGCUUGUUGUGAGGUCACUCUGGAGCCCAAAAUGCAGGACACGAAUAGUUUCAGAACUCCCUGCAAGGUGCCCAUGCUGAAGUCUCCUCCCGGGGUUAACACGCCUCCCCCUUUUGUGAUUCCGGCCUCUCCGUUUAUGCAGAAGUUUGGCUACGGCACUGGCGUCAGCGUCUAUCUUAUGAAAAGAUCCCCCAAGGGUCUGUCUCAUUCCCCUUGGGCAGUAAAGAAGAUAAGCAAGCUGUGUGAUGCCUCCAGCCGGAACCUCUAUGAACAUAGACUCAAUGAAGAAGCCAAAGUAUUACGGAACUUGCAGCACCCCAAUAUUGUAGGUUACCGAGCCUUCGCUAAAUCUAAAGAUGGCAGCUUGUGCCUGGCCAUGGAAUAUGGGGGCGAGAAGUCUCUGAAUGAUCUCAUAGAGGAGCGGAAUGAGAAGGAGGAGGGGCCCUUCCCAGCAUCUGUCAUUCUGAAGGUGGCAGAGAACAUGGCAAGAGGCCUGAAGUAUCUGCACAAUGAGAAAAGGAUACUGCACGGGGACAUCAAGUCGUCUAACGUUGUUAUAAAGGGAGACUUUGAAUCCAUCAAGAUCUGUGAUGUUGGGGUGUCUCUGCCUCUGGACGAGAACAUGACUAUGAGCGACCCAAAGGCCUAUUACAUUGGCACCGAGUCAUGGAAGCCAAAGGAAGCCUUGGAUGAAGGCGGAAUCAUAACGGACAAAGCCGACAUCUAUGCAUUCGGCCUCACCCUGUGGGAGAUGAUGGCCCUGUCCAUACCCCAUUUAAAUCUGCCUCCUGAAGAUGAUAAAGACGAUACAUUCGAUGAAGACGACUUUGAUGAAGACGCUUACUAUGAGGCUUUGGGGAGCCGGCCUCCCCUCAAUGUGGAGGAACUUGACGAUUCCUACCAGAAGGUUAUCGAGCUCUUCUACAUGUGCACAAACGAAGACCCAAAGCUUCGACCCUCCGCUGCCAAAAUCAUUGAGGUUUUGGAGGCAGAAGAGAAGAAAAGCUAAACAUUUUGUUCGUUUUGUAAUUCGUUCCGUCUGUAAUUUAGUUGAAACCAGAAUGUUCCAAGACUAAAUGUCCACAUAGAAGUAAAUAACUAGUCGCCCUGAGAUUUGUGUUUUUAUUUAAAAUGUGUCCGUUCAGUUGCAUAUUUACCUGCCAGCACAUGGUAUUGUACACAUGAGCCGUGCUUACUGGAUAUGAUAUAAUCACAUUUCCCUGUGUGAAGGUGGACGUUUGAGACUGAUCUGCACCCCUUAACAGUAUCUCCCAGUAAUUGGCUAAUGCUUGUAGUUUGGGGGUACAAGAGUGGCUUGUGCUGCAUGUGAUAACGUAUGUACAGAUUCCUACAAACGUUCCUUCUCUUUCAUGUCCCUGUUUGUGUUAUAUCUAUGUUUGAUUCCACUUCCUACUUACUAAAAUUGAUUAUAAAAUAAACCUAAGACUUUUAUACAAAGCUAAA